AUGACUGGCAGAAACCGUAAAAGACAUAGACCUACACUAAGGCGAAAUAAGAUUCCUAUUUUAGACAUCAGGGAGCAGUUGAUCGUUUGGGCUGAAUACGUGGAGGAGUUAUUUAGAGACAAUUCGAGAUCGGAGAGUUGGAAUUUUGUUAAAGAUGUGGGCACUGGGAUGGAGAUAGAAAAAUGCGAAAUUUGGUCAGCUAUUCAGAGUUCCAAGUCUGGAAAAUCACCAGGACCAGACCAUAUUCAGUGUGAAAUUUUGAAACUGCUAACAUACGAUGAUCUGGACCCUCUUACGCGGUUAUUCAACCGAGUAUAUGAUACAGGCAUUCUGCCAGAACAAUGGCUAGAAUCAACUUUUGUCACAUUGCCUAAGAAAACCCCACCUAAAUCAUGUGGUGCUUACAGAACCAUCAGCCUAAUGAGCCAUCUACUGAAGAUCUUCCUGAAGAUAAUACAUCAGAGAGUGUACCGGAAAUGUGAAGAAGGUCUCAGCGACACCAUGUUUGGCUUCAGGAAUGGUUUCGGUACAAGAGAUGCAUUGUUUUGUAUCCGAGUUUUGGGGGAGCGGUGUUUAGACAUGAAUCAGGACAUGUUUGUCUGUUUCAUUGAUUUUGAGAAAGCCUUUGACAAAGUCCAACAUGAUGGUUGUUACAAUUACUCAUCAACAAGAACCUUGAUUUUAAAUAUAUACGAAUCAUUGGCAACUUAUACUGGAACCAGACAGCUAGGAUAA